GCUGCUGCCCCCGCAACUUUCGUGCAUUUCAAAGUUUUCACAGUGAAAUAUCUCAAUAUUUACAAGAUCGAUUGGCUCACUAUUCUGAGCAGACCUUCCUGGUCCCCAGAGGAUGAAUCCUACAUUGGUGAUCCCCCUCACGUUAACUUGUGAUAACUUUGGUGAUCUUUGGUGAAAAUGUCCAACACUUUGGUUUAAGACUAAAUUCACAUUCACAUCAACCUCCACUUGUUUUUAGUGUUAAUUAGCAAUGCUAACAUGCUAACAUGCUAAACUAAGACGGUGAACAUGGUAAACAUUUUAGCAUUGUGAGCAUAUUACGUUAGCAUUUAGCUAAAAGCACUGCUGUGUUUAAGUGCAGCUUUAGACUUGUGUUCUUGUUUUAAUCUCUGAAAUGAUUUUUGUAGGAAAAAUGAAGAUUGCAGCCUUCAACUUCAACAGACUGGGAGUGACAGAAGUGGAGAAUGAGGCCGUGCGGAAUAAUCUGAUCAAGAUUGUGUCUCGGUACAGCGUGGUGGUGAUCCUGGAGGUGAUCCUAGAGGGGAAAGAGGAGGAUGGUAGCUCCAUGGAGAAGUUCCUCACACACCUCAACAACGAUGCAAAGAACAUAAAUCAUCCUUACGAAAUGCAGUGCAACGGAUUUCUGGGACCAGGCAAGCUCAAGGAGAAGUUUGUUUUCUUCUACAGAAAGGACGAGGUGACACUGAUCGACUCCUUUCAGUACGAAAAAGAUGGAGAUAGGCUACACAGACCCUUCGUUCUUUAUCUCGAAUGUCCAAAGACAGCGCUCUGUGUGUAUUCGCUCAGAACGAAGGCGGUGUUUCGCGGGCUUCCGGAGGGCCUCAACAUGAAGAUCGCAGCCUUCAAUGCUAAAAACCUGGGAUGGAAGAAAGUCACAGACAAGACGGUCGUCCACUACCUCACCAAGAUCAUGUCUCAGUACAGCGUGGUGGUGAUCCUCGAGGUGAUGGAUAAGAGCGGUAAGGCCAUGGAGAGGUUGCUGAAAAAGCUCAACAACAGCUCCAACAGUCCUUACACCAUGAUUGCCAGCUGCCGGCUGGGACGAGACACCUACAAGGAGCGCUUUGUUUGUUUCUACAGAGAGGAGGAUGUGACUCUGGAAGCUUGUCAUCAGUAUGAAGAUAAUCAAAUUGGAGAUGUGGACGCCUUCGCCAGAGAGCCCUUCAUCCUGCGCUUCAGCUGUCCAUCGACAGUGGUGAAAGAUCUGGUUCUGAUCCCGGUCCACACCAAACCAACAGACUCGUUGAAGGAACUGGACGAGCUGCAUGACGUGGUCACCUCCAUCAGGCAGAAGUGGGGAACGGAUAACAUUAUAAUUUUGGGGGACUUUAAUGCAGAUGGACGUUAUCUCUCCCAGAAGAAGAAGAAGAAGAUCCGCAUCUCCUCCGCUCCCUAUCAUUGGCUGAUCGACGAUGAUGUCGACACGACGAGUAGUAACUUUAAUGACCACACCUACGACAGGAUCGUAGUGUACGGACAGAGCAUGCUGAACACCAUCGUCCCCGGCUCGGCCAAAUCCUUCAACUUCCAGACAGAGUUCGACCUGACGGAUGAAGAAACUCUGAGUGUCAGUGACCACUACCCUGUGGAGGUGGAGCUGAAGGAACAAAAAGCACAGACUCAAAGGAAGCCGGCUCAGCCCCGAACAGCGAAGACAGCGAAGACAACGAAGACAGCGAAGACAGCGAAGACAGCGAAGACAACGAAGACAACGACGACAACGAAGACAGCGAAGACAACGAAGACAGCGAAGACAGCGAAGACAGCGAAGACAACGAAGACAGCGAAGACAACGAAGACAGCGAAGACAACGAAGACAACGAAGACAGCGUCCCCUGAAGAACAGAAGAAAGGACCCCAGGAGAUGAAUGUGGCACCAAAGAGGAAGAGAGGACCGCCAUCAGACACGCUGGCUAAGAGAAGAGAGUUGGAACAAAUGACAGACCAACAUGAUGAUGCUUAAAUCAUUCUAAAGUAGUAUUAGUUGUGAGCUUUAAGAUUUGAUAAUUAAAUAAUAUGUUAAACAUCCCGUCCUAAAGUCUCCCGUCCACACAAAGAUGUGUUUUACUUUGUGUUACUUCUCUCAGAUGUUUGAGCUUCACUCUGCACAAUUUCAUUUUGUGACGUAUUUUGAAACGUCGAGGUCACAAACGGAGAAUUUACAUUUCAGUGAAGUAGGAGACACAUUUUAAGAUAAAACAUUUAUAUCUAAAGAAUCUACAGAAUAAUGCACAUUAAAAAACUCAACUGAGUUUAUUUUGGUACAUGUGCUCGAUUUUAACACGUCCCAUAACGUGGGAAAUAAAUGUUCCUUAUUUCAUUAAGUGUUUCACAUUUCAGGAAGAAAUGCAUCUCUGUGUCACUGCUUGUUUCCACUUUACUUUAUGCUAAACUCAGCUCACAACAUCAAGAUCUCUACUGAAAACACUCGACAUUGAUCUCCUCUCACUCUGCAGAAGAAAGAUAAUUAAGAUAAUAAGAUUAGUUCUUUCUGAAUGAGUAAAUUUAAAUAUUGGAGAUCAAAAUAAUCUCAUUUACUGAGGGUGUGACAGAGCGCUGCAGAGUACUUACAGACAGGAAACACCUACUGGUCCAUACAACACAUAGACUGUUGGUGUGUGUGUGUGUGUGUGUGUGUGUGUGUGUGUGUGUGUGUGUGUGUGUGUGUGUGUGUGUGUGUGUGUGUGUGUGUGUGUGUGUGUGUGUGUGUGUGUGUGUGUGUGUUUUAUCUGUGUUAACACACUUCCUGUCUCAGAGGUUGGUUGAAACUAGAAAACUGCUGAUUGCGCUGCAGCGGAGCAACAUUAAUGCGGAUGCAAAUGUUAUAACAUAAUGUUUUGAGAUUGACAGGAUCAGCUGAGGUAAUGUGGAAUAUAUGAAGCAUUUCUGUUGUGGGAGUUAAUGAAAGUUACUUGUGCUUGUAGAUUACUUGAGUAUUUCCCUUUUAUACUACGUUAUACUUCUACUCUACUACAAUUCAGAGGAAUAUAUUGUACUUUUGACUGCAUUGCAUUGUUUUAUCCGUGUUGUGGGUUAAAACAUUAGUAGUUCAAAUCUGCACCAGCUGGCAAAUAGAAAUGCUGCUUUCAUGUUAAUGCAUCAAUAAUAAUAAUAAUAAAAGAAUCCUAUAAUAUUAAAUAAACAUGGUUUAACUA